UCGAGAUUAUUCGUCCCGCCACUAACUUCAAACAUUUUGAAGUAGCUUCAAGUGAGAUCAAAGUUAGUGCUCCAGUGUUCCUGCCACGAGCCACUGCAACUGCCACUACAUAAGUACAUGGAUGAAGAGGAAAUUCCAAUUAAAUCGCAGCUUUAGAUAAUACUCAACCAGUCUAUGAAUUAAUCAAUUAGUGUCCAUACGUACAGUCCAUAAGUACGGACAUAGAAGGACAAUUGAAUUCAAUUUUUGCUGAAGCAAUGAGGGCUGCAAUGAUGAAGCAAUUAAUCAUCAUUUUCGGAUGUGUCAUAAUAUCCCUCAGAACAACAAAUGGAGACGCAUUCCAAGAUACAUUGGGACAUUUGAAGCCUCGUUCAUCAUACAAGGAGCAACUUAAUGCCGCCACUCUUGUACGAAACCGACUAUUAGGAAGUUAUUCGUCUGCUUUUAUUCUGGAUCUCAUACCAAAUUUAGGACCAGAGGGAAAGGAUACAUUUCAGGUGGUCAAGAAGGAUAUAGGUAUUAUAAAAAAUACAAUCUAUAUUACUGGAACUUCUGGAGUAGCUAUAACAUGGGGUAUGAAUUACUAUUUGAAGAAUUACUGCAAUAUAUGCCUCUCAUGGGAUAACAUGCCAGCGGGUGUUAAAAAACUUCCGGUUCCAUUACCAGAUGUCAACGUCACAAUUACUUCCAAUGACAGAUUUAGAUUCUAUCAGAACGUGGUUACUACUGCAUAUAGCAUGAUGUCAUAUGGAAAAGCCGAAUGGAUAGCUCAUAUCGAUUGGAUGGCAUUGAACGGAAUAAAUAUUGCUUUAGCCUUAAAUGCUCAAGAAGCAGUUUGGAAAUAUGAAGUAUUUCGUAAGUUGAAUCUCACGGACAGCGAAAUAGACGAACACUUUGGAGGUCCAGCAUUUUUACCUUGGUCGCGAAUGGGAAAUAUUCGAGGUUGGGGAGGUCCUCUAUAUGAGUACUUUCAUUACACCAGCAUUAACAUUCAAAAAACAAUACUCAACCAAAUGCGAAGCAUUGGAAUAGUUUCUGUGCUACCAGCAUUCAAUGGUUUUGUCCCCAGAGCAUUUUCCAGAAUCUUUCCGAAUGCAAAAUUAGUUAAAUUGGGCAAGUGGAAUAAUUUCGAUGAUCAAUACUGCUGCCCAUAUCUACUCGAUCCUACGGAUCCAUUAUUCCAAAUCAUCGGACACUCUUUUCUUCAAGCGUACAAUAAAACAUUCGGCACCGAGCAUGCCUACAUCGUCGACAUCUAUAAUGAGAACGACCCCCAAGUCAGCGAUCCAGAAAGUUUGACAAACAUUUCACGUGCUGUGUUUUCAAUGUUAACAAGUUUCGAUUCUCAAGCAGUUUGGUUCACUCAAGGGUGGAUGUUCGUUCACAAUAUGACUUAUUGGACAGAACCACGUGUUAAAGCGUAUGUAACCGCUGUUCCAAAAGGAAGGAUGGUAGUGUUCGAUCUUCAAUCAGAGCAAUUUCCUCAAUACGAGAGAUUGAACUCGUACUAUGGUCAACCCUUCAUCUGGUGCAUGCUUCACAAUUUUGGCGGAACCCUUGGAAUGUUCGGGUCCGCUAAUGUUAUAAACAACAGAGUUUUCGAAGCAAGGACAAUGAAAAAUAGUACAAUGGUUGGUACCGGACUUACUCCAGAAGGCAUUAAUCAAAAUUACGUGAUCUACGAUUUAAUGAUGGAAAUGUCGUACAGGAAGGAACCCGUUAAUUUGGAUGAGUGGUUUACGAAGUACUCGAUCAUAAGAUAUGGUUCACGUAACGAAAGCGCAGUUAAAGCUUGGGUGCAAUUGGGAAAAACGAUUUAUAACUUCUCCGGGUUAGAAAGAAUUAGAGGACACUAUGCCAUCACUAUUCGGCCAACUUGGAAGUUCGUACCCUGGGCAUGGUACGAUCGAGAAUCGUUCCUACGAACGUGGGACACCUUCCUUGAAGCGAGAACUGACUUGGGAAAGAAUUUUCUUUACAAUCACGACGUAGUCGACUUCACGAGGCAAGCUCUUCAAGUUCGUGCCGAUGGUAUUUAUCUGGAUUUGGUGGAAGCAGUUUCCAAUAAUAACAUCACGGCCUUUCGAAACAAUUCUCGUCUCUGGUUGGAACUCCUUCAAGACCUUGAAGAAAUCCUCGCUUCUGGGCCAAAUUUCCUGCUAGUGAAGUACAAUGUUCCUCGUGGCAGUAAUUUGUUAGAGAAAUUCUAUUAUAACUUCAACUUCUUAAAUCUAAUUUCGCUGUGGGGACCGAAAGGUGAAAUCCGCGACUACGGCUGCAAGCAGUGGUCCGGUGUCGUGAAAGAUUAUUUUAUCCCAAGAUGGCUAGUAUUUUUGAAUGCUACUGAAACAGCUUUAAGAAACAAUGUUAAGCUCAAUACUACCGCAGUGUAUGAGGACAUUUUUAAACGGGUUGAAUGGCCAUUUAACCGCGCUUAUCGGCAAGAUUCGCCUUUUCCUGAAGGGAAUAGUAUCGAGAUCGCGUUAAGGCUCAACAAAAAAUGGAGACAAAACAUACCAAUGACCAGAGAAACAUGGCCCACCUCUUCUGAAUUUUAUCUUUGAAUUUCUUAUUUUUAAAUUUAGAAAAUCAUCCUAAUCAUGGAAAGAUUUCCAAUCUACAAAAAUAUCGAAAAAAUCGAACUAUAUUAAAUAAAAUUCUGUUUGAUGUUCUUGCUGCUAAUAAUUUUAUUUACUAAACUGUAGUAAUUUCUCGCCUUUAAAUGCGAUAUUGUAUCGAAAUAUGUUCCAUUACUCCCCAAUUAACUUUAUAACAACUUUAGGUAAAAAUUAACUAGGUUUACAUUCUUUAUUCGGAUAUUUUGUACGUCUGCAACCAUUUUUAUGAAAUUCGAUUAGCGUUAUAAGUAUGUAAUAUAAGUAUGAAAUCUUGUAAGUGAAAUAAUGUACAACAUUCUUGCAAUUGGGGUUAAUAAAAGAGUAACAUUUUGAUGGUA